CGCCCCCUGCUGGUCAGGCGGCUUCCGGCGCAAACAGCAGCUGGAGUCACCGGCAGUCAGGGCGUGGAGCUAAGCUUUGGCAAAUACCUGGGGGGAGCACCAGGUUCGGGCCAAGCAGUCGCCUUUUCUCCUAAUAUUCAUCCGGACGGAUGAUUAAACUAUCGUAGACAUGGAUUUCGACUCGUUAAUUAACGAAAAGACGUUUCACCUUUCUGACUUCCAGGAAUUCACGUUUCUUCCCGGACACCAGAAGUUGACCGAACGAGUGAGAAAGCGACUGUAUUACGGCCUGGACAAAGAUGUUUCCUUAGAUGCCCUGUCUUGCCCUGUUACAGAUAUUGCUGUCGAAAUCUUCCAGAAGUCCGCCCCGAGCCCAAUACGAAAACUCCACAAGAAGUAUGCCUCUCACGUUGCCAGGGAGGCUUGCAUCUCCCCGUGCGCCAUGAUGCUGGCUCUAGUUUACAUCGAAAGGCUCCGACACAGAAACCCCGAGUACCUGCAAAAGAUCUCCUCCUCCGACCUCUUCCUGAUCUCUAUGAUGGUUGCCAGCAAGUACCUGUAUGACGAGGGCGAGGAAGAGGAGGUUUUCAAUGACGAGUGGGGGGCAGCCGGGAAGCAGGACGUCCAAACCGUCAACAACCUGGAGAUGAAGUUCUUGAACGCCAUCGAUUGGAGCCUCUUCACGGAGCCGAGCGACUUCUUCGAUAUAUUAAGCCAGCUGGAAACCAGCAUCGCGGAGCGGCAGGGGAUGAAACGCGGCUGGUUCACCUACACCGACCUCUGUGUUCUGCUUGAACAGUCCUCGUGGAGUCAAGCCCUCACAGCUAUCUAUCAGCACUUUAUGAAGGUAUCCUGUAUGCUCGGCCUGGUCUAUCUCACCAGUGUGGCCUGCCUUAUCGCCACAACGUCCGUGAUGCACCAGCUCAGCCUCUCCAGAAGCAGCCAGUCCCUGCUUCCGCCCCCGGACGAGAUCAGCCUGCCCCACCUCCCGACUUCCACCCCGAGCCCGGAAGAAGCUCCCGCCCCGGUCCACCGCCUCCCCUGCUGCGCUCUGGCCAACGAGAGCCUGAACCACCGGACCGGCGAUCUCGGAUUCGACGAGCACCACAAACAAAAUCCCCCGCCGGCCUCCGCCACGACGUCGGUGCUGUGCCUCUGGGGUUCCCUCCUGGCGUCGGUGGGUCACAUGCAUCCCGAGUUGAAGUCUGAAGACUCCCAGUCCUGGUCCGUGGCCUCCUUCAUCUCCGCCAGCUGUCUCGCCGCCCUCCCGCCUCUUCCAUGCGAGUUUCGAAACGCCUCCUCAGUCCACCAGUAUCACGCAUCGUGGCCGCCUUCUAGCCCCCCCGGAGCCGCCGAACCGAACCUGAACUCUCACCACGGCGUGUUUCCUCCUCUACAAAUGCGAUCCUGCUAUCCGGAGUCUCUCCUACCUGUGGACAAAGUCCAAGCUCUGCUCAUGCCGGGGUAGAGACGUCUCCGCUCGUCAGCCUGCAGCAACGGGGAAAUUAAACCAGCAUUGUUCUCACGACUCACCAACGUCUAAAGUGAUGUGUUGUUUACUUUUCCAGAUCCAGAGCGCGGGCGCUAAGACGAGAGUAAUUAGGCACUUUUUUUUUUUUCUUUUAGAGAGAUUGAGGACGCAGCACAGGGUGAAACAUCUGCCGAAUACAUUUUGCCACAAGUUCAGUUCGCGGCCCGACACAUGUUUUUACCGCAGCUUCGGUUGCGACGCCGUUUAAUGUUUUGACUCGCAGCAGCCUGCACAGAUUUACCGCUGAAAGUUCCGACGUGUCGGACGGUGACGACGAAUGCGCGUGAGUGGAAGUUACGUAGCGUAUCCGGAAGCUGAGAGUUCGCAGUAAGUGUUUUUAACGAUUCGGUUCGUGAGACGAAGGGACUAAACACGUCUAAUCGGCUCCGGCUUCUCCUCAUUUGCUUAGUGUUACCACAUAUUUAUCCGUACGCACUUGAAGGUUUACAUCGGAUGUAACGGUCACACAACAUGCUACAAGCACUGAUUUUGUACAUCGGAUAGUUUUUGUUAUUUUUGUAUUCAACAAAUUGCCUCUCGUUCUUGAGGCGUUUACCCACCAACAGAAGCACCUCUUGUUCCGGUUGUUUGUGUGUCGUUUUGUCUCUGUGGUCAGAACAAUGACCAGAUUUUGUAGCAUCGGGGUGUGACGUGCUCUCAAAGCCACUUUUCUGGGAAGGGGCAACAGCCAAAUUUCCAUUUUCCCCACACUGAAGGUUCAUUUAAAGGACGGGACGUCGGUUUCUUGCUGCAUUUGGGUUCUGCAUGAAUGUUUGGAGAUUAGCUCACCUGGCUUUAUGUACAUUGGAACAGGACGGUCAACCGCUUUGUCAUAUCUUUUAAACGAAAGGAAAACAAUGUUAAAGACUUAUUUUUAUGCACACGGUUCCGUACGGACAUUUACUUUGUAAUUGAUCUUUUGACAAAUCGCAUUUGAAUUUGAUACGCUCUGGAGCACAAAGUCCUUUAAUUUUGUACAUGGUGUAAAAUGCAAAUAUUGUAAAAAAAAAAAAGAAAAAACAUGCGUAGAAAAGCUCAGAAGUAAUAAAGAAUGCAUUUCUUUAAA